AUGAGUGACGCGACCUCCUCCCGCAAACUGGAAGCUUCUGAAAUAUCCAACGAGCUAAGACAACAUCUGGCACGUAUUUUGGAAGAAGAGAAAAAACACCACCAAAACAUGUUACGACAUUUGAAUUCCAGCGCUGCAGAGAAGAAAGCCACAGAGGAAAUACAUAGGAAAUCGGUAUGUUCAAAAACUCGAAAAAAAUACAUAACCAAUAAGACACAGUUAAAAAUGCAACAACAAAAAAUAAAAGAGAAGGGAGAACAAGAUGUUAAAGAAGUUAAGCAGCAACGUGCAAAUUUUGAAAAACAACGAACAGAAUACCUUGUCAACCAUCACGAAACGAUGAAGGAACUAAAUAAAGACAAAUUCAAAAACAUUAAAAAGCAGAGAACAGAGAAGCAAAUGUUGAAAACGGAAGAGAUGAAUGCAAAAAGGUAA